AUGGUCAACACGCUACCACCCAGAACUGCUGGUAUUGUCCCUGCCCAGCUUGGGUUCCUCGCCAUCUACAACCCCAGCCUGGGCACCACCGAUGAGACAGUCGACGACCAGAUCGUCUACUAUGCCUCGGCCAGCACCCUGACCAGCCAUAAACGGCGCCACCGUCACCGCUCGAAUAACAAGGACGCGGCCCGCCCAACCGACGCCGUCUCCAGGGAGGAGCGCAAUGAGCGGCUGAGGCAGAUCGGCCUCGCCCAGGCCAUGGUCGAGUUUGCCCGAAGCUUCUCCGGCGGCAAGCCCGUCGACUCGAUCGACACGGAGCGCACCCGUGUGGUGCUCCACGAGCUGGAGCCCGGGUGGUGGAUUCUUGCUUCCGUUGACCUCACCCGUCUGCCCCUGCCAGAAAGCAAGGCCGGUGGUGCUCGUGCUCCCUCAUCGUCCUCCUCCUCUGCUGCGCCGGCGCCAAGCCAAAGCCAAAGCCAAGGUCCGGCUGCCCCCCGGGAGUCAUCAUCUCCGGGCGAGGAAAAGGCCGAGUACUCGUCGCGCGAAGUCAAGCCGGCCGAGCUGCUGCUGCAGGACCUGCUGCGCGCCCACUCGGUGUUUCUCCUGCACAACGCCGGCUCGCUGUCUGAUUUGUUCGCGCGGACAACCCCCCACGCCGCCUUUGUGUCUGUCCUUGCCCGCUACUGGGACCCGUUCCUCGCGACCUGGAAUGUGCUCCUGCACGGCAACCCGGCCUGCAGCGUGCUGGGCGGCAUCAAGAUUGCCGCGAGCGGCGAACUCGGCAUGGGCGUCGGCGAGGAGGACCGCGGCAGCGGCGAGCGGGAAGUGCUCGAGGGACUGGUGGACAGGGUUGAAGGGCUGGUCGACCUCGUUGUGGGCCGGUAUGGGCAGGCCGGCCAGGUUCCUACCGCCAUGCGGGGUGGUGAGGAGGGUAAGGGGAAGGGAGGGGUGGACGAGAAUUCGGCUGACGCUGAGGCUGGGCAGUGGCUUGGAAUAGGGAAUGAGCCCGGCACCGAGGAUGGCGCCGUGUUCCUCGGCGUCGGGGCGCUCUCCCGACACUCUCUCCGCGCCGUCACGUACUGGAUGGAGGAUGUGUAUACGUGGGGAGAGAAUGCGUAUGGUGUUCAUAACGGUGUGAGUGCCACGAGACGGCAGGAAAAGCGGCGGAAAGCGGCGGGCAGGAGAGCGGGUGUUAUGCAAAUCACCCCGACCAGAGAGGACAGGGAAUCGCGGCAGCAAGGGAAAUCUAACCCGGAAGAGCCGCCAGCAACUAGCGGCGCCCUGGAAAGGGAUGAGAACGAUAAGACGAGUGGUGCUGCCGAGAUUCCCCCGGAAGCUGGGAAAGGGGAGCGUGGCAUGGACAAGAUCUUUAGCUACCUCAAGCUGGGCUACGGCACUUCGUGGUCUCUGGGCUCAUCUACGCCGUCAGGGCAGUCAGAUACAGACAGCGGCUCAGCGAACAAAUCGGAUCCCGUUGAGGACGCGCGCUCCCAUAAACCUCUGAAGGAACUCGAUGCUGGCCACUUUCUGCUCGGCCUAACCGAGGAUGUUGGCGAGCUAAAUCAGUCAGAGUCGCCGCGGCAUACCCCCAUCGCAGAUCCUAGGACUGUCUUUGUUGAGCUCGAUUCUCACGCCGACAAUCACCCACAGUCAGAAGGCCCUGGCGAUCUCAGUAUUGAGGGCAAACAGCCGGAUUCCCAUGACACCCACCACGACAACAAGACCGCCACCCUUCGCCCCGCCAUCUAUGUCAACAGACCAUUCAUCUACGUCUUCCUCUUCCGCACCACGCCCAGCCCUGCAGCCAAAACAUGGAACUGGCCUGCCCUCUCCGAGUCUUUGCACACACACCUCUCAGCCCUGCAGAAACCGCUCCUCAUCUCGACCGCCUACCGCCCAGCAAAACCAGACACGGGCCUCCCCUCCGCCCCAAGAACCCAGAUCUACGACCUGGUCUUUGACCCGGCAACACUCACAAUCCACUCCACCAUCCCCAACAUUCCCGAGCCGGUUUUGACCAACACUACAACCCCCGGCCCGCCGAUUCUGCUACCGCCACCACAAUCGCAAAACAAACAUCAGCAGCAGCAGCAGCAGCAGGUGUGGACAAGAGUCGAAGCGCUCAACACACACAACCAGAUCCUGAAUCUCUACACCGCCACCCGAAGCGACAACCACAACCAGGAUCACCCGGUGCAAAUGGAACGGACCUGCAAAACCAGCCGCGGAUGGUGGGUUGUCUGGAACAGAGUGCUCGAGUACAACCCCCCUCAGCAGCAGCAGCAGCAACAAGUGUCUUCUGGUGGUGGUGGUUCGGAGGCGGACGGGGAUGAGGAUCAAGAUCAGGAAAAGAGCAGGGUUGUGGCUGCGGGGGGUAAGGAGGUCUUUCUGAUUCGAAGGGCGAGCGAUCACGCCGCUGGCGGCGGCGGCGGUGGUAUUACUGGUGGGGGUCUGGGAGUGGGGGGUGGUAAUGCUGGUGGUGGUGGUGGUGGUGGUGGUGGUGGUGGUGGUGUUGGGACCGGGUGGAUGGUGGUGGACGGUGCGAGCCGUCUGGCACAGGGCACGCUGGGGAUUGGGGUGGAUACCAGACGGUAUAUCGAGGGGUUGUUGAGUUUGAAUCGGUAA